GGCCGGACUUUUGCGCCGCGGGCUGUAUUGGAGCUACGCAUCCGCAUCUUACAGCCGCCGUUCGAGCUUUCACAGCCAUGGCCUCCUCCGAGCCACCCUCGCCGCCGCCGCCGCCGCCGCCGCCCGCUCCGACCACCAUUAACGCUCUCACCGAUGACCUCCUCCGCGAGAUCUUCUUCCGCCUCCCGGACCUCCCGAGCCUUGCCUGCGCGGCCUUCAGCUGCCGCGCCUUCCUCCGCGCCGUCCGCUCCUCCCCGGCCUUCCGCCGCCGCUUCCGCGAGCUCCACGCGGCGCCCAUCCUCGCUCUAUUUAUCGAACCCUACAUGCGCGCCUUCGUCCCCGCCGUCAGUCACAUGUCCGACUCCGACACGGGCAUCACCGCCGCCUUCGCUGAUUUACUCAGAGACGACGGUUCCUCCGAGUGGAUGUAUCAUCCCGAGGCUCCCUACUCCGACGGGUAUGCCUUCUUCAUCAACCGGAACACCGAGCAGAAUAUCUUCUACAACGUCCACACGCAGGCCCUGUAUAUCUACCCCAGGAAGUCCCACGUCGGCGUCCACACAUUCCUCGAGUUCCGCACGCUCCCUGCCGACCGAGAUGGCCAGAGGCCAUCCCGUGUGGUCUGUGUUCAUCACGAUAGCUCAUGGGCGUGGGCGCGCCUGGCCAUCUUCUCGUCUCAUGCCAUGGAGUGGCAGGUCAUCCCUGAGUCCGGGACGCCGCUGCUUAAGGGCGGCAGCUACACAAUUGGUACGGUUAUCGGUGGGUUCGUCUGUUGGUUAUAUGAGGACUGCAUUCUCGCGCUCAACAUUGCUAAGUUUCAGUUCUCACUAGUGGAUCUGCCGUCGCCCUCAGACCCAGACUUGAACUCGUGUUUUAAUAUUGGUCAGACCAAGGAUGGGGAGCUCUGUUUAGUGGGUGCGCAGGAAUGCACGCUUUCUGUCUGGCUCUUGACACCGGACAAUGGCGGGGUCGAGAGAUUUGUGCUGCACAAGGCGUUUCCAUUGCACACAAGUCUUAAGGAGGUCACUGGGCGUCCAGUAGAGGAUAUUGUUGAUGUUGGAUCGCAGCUUAUAAUGGCUAUCGAUGGCUUUGUGUACCUAGCUGUUGUCUACAAUGGGGAUCCUCAAUCUUGGUUCGUGUCCGUCUGCCUGGAAACAACAGAUGUGAAGCUCCUCUUUAAGAGAACAAGCUGUUCUUCCUGCUUCGAUCCCUGCAUCAUGGCCUGGCCUCCUGCUAUGAUACAUAACGAGGAGGAUUCAGAAACUGAAGUUAUUGGCGACAGUGUUGGUGAUAAUGGCCGUGUUGGCAUAGAAGAAGCUUCCCCUAUCCUUUUCACAGCAUUGCGAUCAUUCAAAGAAGCUUUGAUUGACGAUGGCAAUGCAAAAUUUGUGUGCUAUAUGGAUUCCUUCUUACUUGAUGAUGAGGUUAACUCUCUUCUGAACAAAAUCAGUACUUUAGAUGCAGGACUAGCAGCUGCGAGAGACCGUGUCUUGAAAAUAGGUGGUCGCUCCGAUAUCAAAAAGGAAAGGAUAGAACGAGAGGGUUGGUGGCGAAUGUGCAAAGGGAUGUUGCGGAGAGCUCGUCCUAGUUGCUUUGCCAGUUGAUCUUGGUGUGCUGUCUUUCUGCUCAUGAAUUAUGCUUCUGUUGAAUUGCUGCAUUGUUCUUCAGUUUUAGGAUGGCGUGAGCGCAUAUUGUCAUAUUACUUUUGCUGAGUUUAUCCAAUCGAUAUGAACGAAGUUUUAAUAUA